AUGAUCGGUAAAUUAGGAGAUGUGGCCUUUUCAGGGAUUGCCGCAUGGGCUUGGUCUCUGAUGGUAGAUGAGUCUAAAUUUUUGAAAGGAUUCAAGAUAGGAUUCCAAAAAGCCACAGAAUCAAAAAAUACCGUGGUAUUCCCUGUUACACAUGAACAAUUAGUGAACAGGAUAAAGAAUUCUAAACACAUCCAAGAAGAGGUAAAGAAACAGUAUGGAAGUUCAUCAACUCUCAGUUCAUCUACACCAAUGCCAGAACCACAUCCUAGAAAGUUGGGCCACUUUGACAAAAAAGAGGUGGCGGUUCCAGUGUCACCACCCAUUCAGGAUUCUGUACCCAAAGGAGAAAAUACAUCCAUGGCACCAGGAAGUUCAUUGCAACCAAAUAUAUUUCAAAGAACAACUGCCACAGAUCUAAUGAUUGCAUCAUGCCAAAUUUUCAGAGGAGUGUUGGUGGGGUGGCUGGCCCGGGAGUUGUAUCAAACUUGGGCACCAGACAUUAAUCGACUUGUGUAUGGAAUUCUCUAA